AUGGAGCAACGAAGCUCUCAUGUUCCGGACUCGGAUGGAGAAAUACAGCAACAACCAUCAGCACCCUCUACGCGGCGGUUGGUCAUCGAAAUUCCGUCAAGGCCGAGGGCCUUCGAACCAAAGAAAAGACCAAACCCAAAGGGUUCAGACCAAGAUGAUGAAGAAUUAUCAGGAGCAGAGCAGAACCCUGCGAAACGUCGCAAGAAAGAUCACAUUGGUCAAGAUAUCUCCAAGGAUCAUAAUCCACCAGAAGGAGAUGACGAUAGCAGUGAUGAUCCAUUUCUUGACGAGCCCAAGGGAAACAAAGGCAAAGGCAAAGCAACCGGAUACCAUCUGGAACAACCUGAGCAAGUUCCAGAUGAAGAUGGAGACGUCGUAUUUGAUGACCUCUGGACUUUGGAUGACGAGUCAAACCUUCUAAUGAGCUGGUCAGAAGAUGAUCAGACUCUUCUGGAUAGUCUACCCAAAGCAGAAAUUGCUCUGUGGAGAAGGUUGAUGAGGUUAUUUGGUGUUGGUCCCGAGGAACUCUUUCUUCCCAACGUCACCAUAUCAAGAGCGGACCUCCCAGAUUAUGUGGGCAAAGAUGGUCGUGCCAUACCCAAUAAGAUACACUUGUCCACGAACUUCUGCAAUGCCUUCAAGUAUGGUGAUCGAUGUGCGGUUCCCAAAUCCUUUGAUACACAGGUUAUAGACAUGGAAGCAACCAGCCUACUUGAAACCCUCAGACACGCAGGUAUUAUCGGGAACCUUACAUGUGGACAAGAGCGGAUAUUCAAAGAUAUCCUUGGUGAUCGUUUUCCCGAACACUUCCACUUUCACGAGCAUCUCAAAGAUAUUGUAAAGGCCAAUUCUGGGAUGAAACCACAAAAUGCUUCGAAGAAUCCAGAUGCGGAAAGGGGACGCUUCUCUUCACCAAAUCAAAUAUGGAAGAAGGAUUGGGUAUUAUCCCAACGUCGUCAGCAACUCAGAUCGGAGAAACAACCCAAUCUGAGGGAUCCUCUUGGAGGUGAAAUCCUUGAGGAUAACAACUUAUCCGACGACGCUGAAGAUUCAGGCUUUGAUCUAGCCCAUGGUGGCAGAAUUUCCAGCGAUGAAGAAAAUCAGGAAGAUGACCAGGCUAUGAUAGAUGACGAGCCCUUUGGUAUGGGCAUGGUUUCAGGGGAGAGAUCUCCCGUACUGACUGGACCACAAGAAGCUCAAAGAAUCGAACCAUUCGAAGUUCUUGCUAGUCCAAAAGGAGAGAAUCUUCCGAAUGUCCCUGCUCCUGAUGAAGCUAGAGACAGCGAAAGCAUUCCUGGCUUCCAAAAUAUAGUCGUCAACCAAAGUGCCAUAUCAAAAUGCGAUAUUCAACAGUAUCGAGAUGAUAAAGAUAAUACACUUGUUCGGAGAUCGAAUAUGCCAAUGGCAAAAGACUCAAUAGGCAAUAUGGUUCAGCGGAGGUCGACUCAAUUGAAAAUGCUUGAAACGCAAGCCUACGCAUACUUAAGCAAAUGA